GCUGCAAACAACCAAAGAGACUUUCAGAGGAUGCAGAAGUUCCCAGCCCUUCAGAGAAUCCAGCAGUUUCCAGUUCUCCAGAGAAUCCAGCAGGGAAUCCAGAAGUUUCCAGCCCCUCUGCAUCCCCAGGGAAUCCAGAAGCUUCCAAUCCUUCUGCAUCCCCAGAGAAUCCAGAAGUUUCCAGCCCCUCUGCAUCCCCAAAAGAUCCAGAAGUUUCUAGCCCCUCAGCGUCCCCAGAGAAUCCAGCAGUUUCCAGCUCAGCACCAGCCCAGCCAAACCUCACAGAUGUCACAUUGAACGAGCGAAAUCCUGAAUCCAAAGGACUCCUGAAGAAGGAGAAGAAUCUCCUGCUGCCCAUCCUGGUGGCUGCUCUCAUCUUGGUGCUGCUCAUCAUUGUGCUGCUGUUCAUGGUGAAGCUGAAGAAAGCGCACGGGGUGUGGAGGAGAG